CGAGAGAGAGAGAGAGAGAGAGAGAGAGAGAUGGAGAUCGAGGGUUGCUUGAACUCUUACGUCGAUCGAGGGAGCAUGGAGAGCCAUCGGUUCUUUUUGGCUCGCCGCACCCUGCUGGAGAUGUUGUUCGAUCGUGGCUACGCCGUGUCUGUGACCCAGAUGGCGAUGACCCUCUCCGAGUUCCGUGAAACCUAUGGCGAAAGCCCGGACUUGGAUCGCCUACGCAUCCCGGCUUCCCUCAUCUCGAAACCCUCCAACAAGAUUCUUGUAAUCUUUUGUGGACCUGAAAAAGUGAAGUUGCCAUUUAUACGUGGCAUUUAUAAUCAACUUAUUCAAGAAAAUUUGACGAGACUAAUAUUGGUCUUGCAAAGCAAGGCAACAUCAAAAGCGCGGGAUGCCAUAAAGGAGAUCUUCCGGUUCAAAGUUGAAACGUUUCAAAUUACCGAACUUUUGGUUAAUAUCACAAAGCAUGUCCUGAAGCCAAAGCAUGAUGUACUAAUUGAAGAAGAGAAGCAAGCGCUUUUGAAGAAAUACAAUGUAGAGGAAAGCCAGCUGCCACGCAUGCUUCUAACCGAUGCAAUUGCUCGUUAUUAUGGGUUGGAGAAGGGGCAGGUGGUGAAGGUCACCUAUGAUGGAGAACUAACCGGGAACCAUGUCUCGUACCGUUGUGUUAUGUGAUGACUGAUGAUGGCCUUUCUGUAAAGCUAGAUCAAUGCUGAGAAAAUGUACAUGAAUCUAAUGGAAUCUGUUUUGCAUGAAAAUUUUUAGUGCCAUAUAAAAUCUAACUUGGGAAAAAUUGUUUUACUGUCUGUCGUAGCUUUUAAUGUUGCUUGCCAUGUGUUAAAUCUUGCUCUGCAGAAAAGACAUUGUAAAAAGGUUUCAGUUAUGGUCUUUAGCUUCAUUUAAAUGUGCAGUGAUAUUUACUC